AUGUCUUGUACUGAUCUAUCUAUCUCAAUCCUUCCUUCCUCCACGACUACCAACAGUGUGGCUAUCCUGGAGUCUGUGCGUGAAGAGGAUGUAUACAUUGUACAGAGUGGGUCUGGCGAGAUCAACGAUAAUCUCAUGGAACUGCUCAUCCUGAUCAGUGCCUGCAAAACCGCCUCCGCACGCCGAGUUACAGCC